AUGAGUGACGGGGAUGACGGAUUUGUGACAGUGGCACCUAAAUCACGACAAAGUAGAAGUGGAACUUCGCGAGGGAGAAACACAAGUUGCAAUACUUCAAAACGGAGAGAAGAUGAUAGCCACGCCAGUGGCAGUGGUACAAAUACACGCCAGCAGAGAAUUAUUUACGUACCUAGUCACAAAGUGGGACGUAUCAUAGGCAGAGGAGGAUCAAAAAUAAAAGAUCUUCAAUUUGAAUCAGACGCACGGAUCAAAGUAGGAGAUUCCAAUGGGAAUGAAACUAUUGUCACCAUCACGGGCACGGACGCUGCUAUAUCGAGAGCUCAAGAAAUGAUAGAAAAACUUAUCGAAGAUUUCAAACCUCGAGAAAAAGAAGAACACGAUAGCAAAGAGGAAAGUGAAACUCGGACCACGGAGUUUUUUAUGUUGAACGAGUAUGGUGAUCAAGUGAUAGACUGGGAUAAGCUAAAUGCCUAUCACGAUGAAGAACAAAAGAAGCGUUACGCAAAAUUACCUCCCAUCAUUAAAGAUUUUUAUAAAGAAGAUCCUGCUAUAGCAGCAAUGUCCAAUACAGACGUUAAACGAUGGAGACUGGCUAAUUAUGAUAUUCAAGUCAAGAGAACUUUUGAAGAUAAACCUGGUUUGCGCAAAAUUCCUAAUCCAGUUCUGACUUUCGAGCAAGCAUUUAAAGACUACCCUGACAUCUUGACAGAAAUAUACAAACAGGACUUUAAAACACCCUCUCCAAUACAAAGCCAAGCUUGGCCCAUUCUUCUGAGCGGUGAAGACAUGAUUGGGAUAGCUCAGACUGGCACAGGGAAAACUUUGGCUUUUCUUUUGCCUGCCCUCAUUCAUAUUGAUGGCCAAACAGUGCCACGAGAAGAAAGAGAAGGCCCUACCGUACUUAUCUUGGCUCCUACCCGGGAGUUAGCCAUACAAAUAGAUAAAGAAGUUUCAAAGUACCAAUAUAAAGGUAUUAAAUCAGUAUGCCUGUACGGAGGAGGGGAUCGUAAAGAACAAAUAAAAGUUGUGGAGAAAGGAGUUGACAUUGUAAUAGCAACUCCCGGCCGUCUUAACGAUUUAAUAAUGGCUCGCCACCUCAACAUUAUUAACUUCUCAUACAUCGUGUUGGAUGAAGCUGACCGCAUGCUGGACAUGGGUUUUGAACCACAAAUAAGGAAAUCAUUAUUUGAUGUUAGACCAGAUCGUCAAACAGUGAUGACGUCAGCCACAUGGCCGCCAGGAGUGCGGCGUCUCGCUGAGUCUUACAUGAAAGACCCCAUACAAGUGAAUGUGGGAUCUUUAGAUCUCGCCGCUGUGCACACUGUCACUCAAAAAAUAUUGUUUGUCGAGGAAGACGACAAAGACGCAGCGUUGUUUGAAUUCUUGAACAACAUGGAUCCAACUGACAAAGUAAUUAUAUUUUGUGGCAGAAAAGCGACAGCAGUACACAUUUCCACAGAACUAUGCAUCAGAGGCAUAGAAUGUCAAUCGCUGCAUGGUGAUAGAGAUCAAACGGACCGGGAGGCAGCUUUGAAUGAUAUGGUUGAUGGAUCUGUUAAUAUUUUAGUAGCAACUGAUGUGGCGUCCAGGGGUAUAGAUAUAAAAGAUUUGACUCAUGUUAUCAACCUAGACUUUCCGAGACAUAUUGAAGAAUACGUGCACAGAGUCGGUAGAACAGGCCGGGCCGGAAAAACUGGAACAUCGUUGACUUUUGUCACUAGACAGGAUUGGGGAAGUGCAAAGGAACUUAUUAAAAUCCUCCAAGAAGCAAAUCAAGAAGUUCCCGAUGAGUUGCAGCGUAUGGCAGCAAGUUUUGAAUUAAUGAAACUGCGAAAAUGUAGUACCGGUGGCGGUAGCUCCGGCCGUGGCAGAAGCCGCUGGUAA